GCAAUGGGGAAAUGACAUACCUGUAGUGGGUGUGGCCUAAAGAUCUUGAAACAGGACAAAAGGAAUUAUUUCUGUGGUGUCGUCAGGACAGACCAGGAGGAACUAGACUAGUCUCAGGAUCCCGACUGCACUACUCCGAACAUGGCUAAGAAAAAAAUUAAGGAAGCAGCGAUCGGGUUUGUACUGGGAACAGUGGGAGGCUCGAUAAUGGGCGCCACAGAGGACCCUGUUGACCAGAUCAUGAUGGCGAUGACGUCACCCAUCCGACUGAAACCACUGAUUGAAGAUAUCAAGACAGUGGGUGCUCUUGGGUUAGGGACUCUCAUGGGCGCUACAGCACUGACCAUCGCCAUGACUUCGGUCGUAGCCGGUGUCGUCAUGGCAGCAGUGAUAGCCUCUGUGUUUGUCACCACUAGGAGUUGCGGAAUUGCUCACACAGACUAUGCAAGCUUGUGGGCAUCAGCAGGACUUGCCGGCACCCUUGGAACCACGCUCAGCGGUGCCACACUGGCAUUUUCCAUUGAACUGAUUGUGAAUAAUUAUGGAAUGACGGGUCUUCUAUGUGCACUGAUCUUUUUCAGCAUCCUUAAACCACCUCUACGCUUUGUAUUCCGGGUUCUCUGGAAGCAAGGAGAGGCCUGUUGCACUCAAACAAAUUGGGAAAUGGAGAAAAAACAGCUGGAGAUUUCAGAGCGAGAACAAAGAGAUCGAGUGGCUGUGCAGAUCGAAGAGAGGAUCCUGACAAUGAAUAACGAAAAGAAAACCGGUACAGAGGACAUGAAGACAUGGGCAACUGAGCGUAAGCUGAGAGAAAUGAUAGAAAGAAAGAAGAUGGAGACAGAAGAGGCAGAACUCGAACAACGAACCCUCCAAGAAUGGAUCAAAACUGUUAUGAUCAAAUAUGUGGACUUUUUGGCUUUUUCGGGUAUUCCAAUGACUGUGGUCGCUGUCGUAACAUCGGUUUUUGGUUUAUUUGGGUACGGACGCCACGAGGUUGUGUUCAUAGCUCUGCUUGGAUUAGUAGCAAUCAUGGGCUAUUUGCUUCUGAACUCAUCUGACUUUAAGUUCUGGAUGUUGGUAGGAUGCAUGGGAAUGCUCAUAACAUUUAUCAUCGCCAUGCUGACACUCCAUGCCGGACAGGCGGUUGUGCUAAGUGUUGGGAACCUGCAAGGGAAUAAUGCAAACAGAAAUACAAUCACUGAUCGCAUGAAUAAGAAUUCUGCAGAAGAAGCUAUGAACUCAGCCAUUUUUGCUGCUAAACUUUGCCAGCUGGGUUUGGGAGCCACAAUCGGGGGACCCCUUGUUAGGCAUGCAGCUGGAGGGGACAGAGUCAUAGUCGGGGCGGCGGUCUUGGCGGUAGGUCUGCUAUUUGGGGUGGAAGUUUUAUCGCCAGUACUCGGGGAAGGGGGGAAAGCCGGAGCAUUGCUGGGAGUGGUGGGUGCGUCUGGGGUGUCUGCAGGUGCAGCGGCGGCCAUGGCCAGAAAGUGUUCUUCCUGGCCACGCACUUUGGGAGCGAUAGCAGGUGUGAUUAUUGGCACUUUCGUCAUGGGUGAUGGGGAUAUUGUCAGGACUGGACUGCAAGUCAUUGUUGUCUAUAUCUUUGCUAUGACUAAUGCGUUCUAAAACAUCAUAGAAAUGUCCUUCUAAGGCUUGCACUUCACAAUGGUAACAUCAUUUAAGUGGAGCACAAUGAAAUAAUUCAUUGAUACACAACAUUGAUACACCAUGUACUAUUCACAGAACAGUCAAUCCAACUGUGGCAAAGUUUAUCAGAAUUUUUUUUCCCAUUGUGACAAAGCGAUUAGUCUCCAGUUAAAACAUAACUGACAUUCAUUUAGAUCUAUGAGUCUAGAAAUGUUCUAAUGCUUUGGGACUGCAGCAAACCACAUUGAGAGCCAUUAUCCACAAAUGGCAAAAACAUGGAACAGUGGUGAACCUUCCCAAAAUUACCCCAACGGCGCACCGACGACUCAUCCAAGAGGUCACAAAAGACCCCUACAACAGCAUCCAAAGAACUACAAGCCUCACUUGCCUCACUUGAAUGAAUCUGUGUGAAGUGAAAUGAAAAGAAUGUGUAUGAAUCUUAAAAACAUUGCUAAACCGGUUAAGCAACACCAGCAUCAUCAGGCUAUUCGGUCUAGGAAAGCAAGGGAAAACUAUCCUGUGGUAAAAAUAAACAAAUCAUAACAAA